AUGUCUUUGCCAGGCCUUGGACUCGAUGAACCUGAAGAGGUUCAUGUGGCAGAGACAACACAGCAUGAGCUAGCGAAAGAGCAUGAGUGGCGCUUCGAGGUCGCCGUAGGGAAGUACAUUCAGGUCAAGUUAUUAAGAGGCACCGCCGAGUUGUUCGGAACGGAACUUGUACCCGGAAACACGUACACCUUCACCGGCACCAAAGCCGCGAUCUACACCUGGCAUGGCUGUUCGUUGGAAAUCAGUGGGGAUCCUCUCCAAAGCGAAUACACGGCUGAAGAGACGCCCAUGCACGAAUACGUCAAUGUACAUUUCGCGCUGGAGACCCUUCGCGACCAAGCCAAGGCGGCCGGCCGUGAAGGACCCCGAGUGCUGAUACUGGGUCCCGACAACGCCGGCAAGAGUUCGCUGGCAAAGAUCCUUACAGGCUAUUCAAACCGAUCCGCUCGGUCACCGGUCGUGGUGAAUCUGGAUGUCAAAGAAGGAGUGAUGAGUAUACCGGGAACUCUGACGGCAACCGUGUUCAAGACCAUGAUGGACAUCGAAGAGGGAUGGGGAACAGCGCCCAUGAGUGGUCCGAACGGGGCCAUACCUGUGAAACUGCCGCUGGUGUAUUUCUUUGGCAGUUCCCGACCCGAGGAAAAGGAGGGAAAGGUAUACAAGGCUCAGCUCCGCCGACUGGCGCUUGCAGUUGCGGGCCGCCUAGCGCAAGAUCCCGAAGCCCGAGAAAGUGGGCUGGUCAUCGACACGCCCGGUAGUCUUACAUCCAACAAAGCAGGCACUGUGGGCUACGAAAUCAUCCACGACAUUGUGUCCGAACUUGCCGUGUCGGCCAUCCUCUGUCUGGGAUCGGAAAGGCUUUAUAGUGACAUGGUCAAACAAUUCGACGGGCAGCCUACAGCGACGCGGUCCACGACUGCCAGCCAAAACGAGACGAUCUCUGUGAUCAAACUCGCCAAAUCCGGGGGUUGUGUCGAGCGCGAUGAGGCAUACAUGCAAGCUUUCCGUGCGGCGCAGAUCAGGACAUACUUCUACGGCAACCCACGGCUCAGCAACGGCAUCUCACUACAACCACGCCAGCAACAAGUCGACUUUGCCAGCCUGACGGUCUGGCGGAGGAUCUCCAGUACCCCUGAUCCGACGUCAUCUGCCUCUGCCGGAGGCAAAUUCAACGACGAGGACGAGGAGACUUUCCUGCCUGGAGGGAUGGUAGACGAUACAUCAGACACGUAUCCUGGAGGCGCCUCGUCCAAAGUACCUCUGCCUGCAUCACAAAUCUACGAACGGGUAUCUGCGCCCUUUGCCACUAUGCGCAACGCCAUCCUCGCGGUGAUGAACUGCGAGCCCGAAGCCGAGCAAGAAGUCAUCCGCGACAGCAGUGUCAUGGGAUUUCUGUACGUGACCGACACAGACGAGGCACGGGGGCGGAUCAGUCUGCUGAGCCCUGUUGCUGGCCGUGUCCCAAGUCGCGCCAUCGUUUGGGCGGGUUGGCCAGAACCAGUCUUGGGGAUGGACAGAUCUUAG